AUGCCUCUCUAUCGCCGUGUCGUCAGCUUCCAGGUCCUUCAACGCGAUCUCCAUUCAAACUCUGCAACCGUUCAAUGUGCUAAUGGCACUUCACUCACCUUGCAAACGGGUGGUCCCUACACGGUCGACGAUGCUCAUCAUAUCUAUGUUAGCGACAUUUGGGUCAUGGCUGGGCAGAGCAACAUGCGUGGGUUUGGUUUUAUGCAUGACCUUGUCACUCAGCAACCACUUUUACACGACCCCAUUCCCAGCGUUCACCUCUUCCAAUCGAAUGAAACAUGGGCCGUUGCAGCUGAUCCAACCCAUCGAUUGAGUCAAUCGCCUCGUUCAGUGCACCAUCGUCUUCCUGAUCCAACAGUGCGCGAUCCAAGUCUUGUGGAUAUACGAGGAGCUUCCUUGGGAUUACCAUUUGCAGCAAGAUAUCAGCAAGAGAAUGAUCAGGUACCAGUGGGACUCGUUGCAAGUGCACAUGGUGGUACAUCCAUGGAUCAAUGGCUUGAAAAUGGCGAGGAUAGUCUUUAUGGGGCUAUGAUGGCACGUAUCGAGAAAGUAGGUGGUGCUGUGGCAGGGAUCUUAUGGUUUCAAGGUGAAACUGAAGGCAUGGCAGGAGGUGAUGUGAUAUACAGUUAUGCCGACAAGACACGCCAAUUGUUCGAUAGGAUGCGGGCCGACAUUGCACCCGAGGUUCCCAUUGCUUGUAUACAACUUGGUCGAUUGAUCAGCACCAGUGUCCCUGACAACAGCUGGUCCCAUAUCCGAUUUCAACAACAGCAUCUCUUUGAUACUUAUCCACAUUGCCAAGCUGUGGCUGCCAUGGAUACCGACAAUGACGACUUUGUUCAUCUCGGUGCAAGAGGUCUUGCCACAGUGGGUCGUCGACUUGCCAUCGCUGCUACACAUGUUCGACGUGGUGACAAUACAACUUCUUCAAGUCCACGAAUAGAGAAAGCUGUGGUACAACGCGUUCAGAUCAAGAAUGGAGUAUCUAUGCAAUUCAUCAAAGUAUCAUUUCAACAUCCUGAAACCAUUCAUUGGCGUUCGCUAUCCGAGGUGCAUGGAUUUAGUGUGCGUGACAUCCAAGAUGACAACAAGGAAUAUGCAGUGAUUGUCAAGGCUUUAAUCAAUGAACAAGAUGAGAGUGUGCAUCUUUUUUUGAAUCGUGAUGCGGAUGCCGUGCUUUCAAACAACAAGGAUCGCUUAUGCUUGUGCUAUGGCUGGGGAAAGACACCAAUUUGCAAUCUCACCACGACCACCGAUAUGGCGCCUUUGGCGACAAAAAUACCCUUAUUGACUCCUUAA